GGUUGAGGAUGACGGUUUCCAAAUUCUACCUGCCCAUUGACUGCGAAGACAUCUAUUGCCAUGACAACACAAGCUCCAGCGGAGUGUACACAAUCUACCCCGGAGGUCCCACCAGCCCCCUGCAUGUCUACUGCGACAUGCGGACGGAUGGAGGGCGAUGGACGGUUUUUGUCCGCAGGUUUGAUGGAUCAGAAAACUUCUUCAGGCCCUGGAAGUCCUACAAGGCUGGGUUUGGUAAUGUAGCUGGAGAAUAUUGGCUGGGGCUGGAGAAUAUCUUCCUGUUGACCAUGAGGAAGGAAAAUGAACUGCGAGUGGACAUGGAGGACUGGGAUGGGACCUUGGCUUCUGCUCAGUACUCCUCCUUCUCCAUUGACUCAGAGCAUAAUGGCUAUCAGCUUCACCUGGGCAGCUUCAGUGGUGGAAAUGCAGGUGACAGUUUAAGUUACCAUGACUCCAUGAAGUUCAGUACGUUUGACAAAGACCAGGACGAGCAUGUGAGUGACUGUGCACGGCGAUACCUCGGUGGAUUCUGGUACAAUGGAUGCCACCAUACCAACCCUACUGGCAUAUACGCACCUAAUGGUGUCUUCCCAAUCGACAAUAUUCAAGUGAUUUGGUCCUCAUGGAAGGGCUUGAACUACGGCCUGAAGACCAUUGCUAUGAAGAUACGAUCAGUCUCUAAGUGUCCGUGCUAACAUAAGUACGGUUAGCAGGAGAGAUUGUUUUUCAUAAGCAUGGCCCCUUUUAUGGUUUAUCCCAUUUUUUUUUCUAUUAGAUAGCUUUGAGGCAUCUCAUUAUGCGUCUGUUCAUUUUUAAAACCUACAGGAAUUUACGGUUAUAGUUAUGGCCAGAUGGGGUAUUUUAAACAUUGUUAGAGAGUAAAUCUGAUAUUGUGUCAACUAUAUGUUAAAUAAAAUAUCAAAUCAAAUGUCAAAUGCAAAA